AUGGUUCGUUAUUCAAUUAAACGUUUAAUUAAAACAAUAAUUUUUCUUAUAAUUGUAAUAGUAGUAUUUAAAAAUUUAUCUUCACAUUCUCAUAAAUCUAAUGUAAAGAAAUUAAAUUUCAAAUCGAAAUCUUCACCUAUUUUUAUUCUUUCAUUAUAUCGUUCAAAAAAUAUUCAACGUUUUAUCUUAUUUCUAAGCGAGCUGCGUUUGUCAUAUAUUCAAUAUAGAAAAAUUAAUGAAACACUUUAUAAUGAUGUAAAAAUUUAUUUGCCAUCAAUAAUUAUCCUCGAUCACAUUCCAACAAGUGAUUUUUAUAACUUUAUAAAUCAAUAUCAUAUUGCUUUAUUAAUAUUUUUAAAUAACAAAUGUCAAAUAUGUACAUCGAUAAAAUAUUCUCAAAUGAUUUACUCAAAUGCUAGUUACGAAACAAUUGAUUUUAGUCGAGAGGCAUUAAAACCAAUUAUUCUUACAACGAAAAGUCCAUUUAAAAUCAAUCAGUCAAAUAAACUAAUUAAAUUGUUACGUUUCGAGAAAGUUUUACCUUACUUUUUUCAUUAUUAUGGACUUACUGAUCAAUGUAUUGGUCUACCGAUAGAUCAAAAUGAUUUAACACGUACAAUUAUUUAUGUAGAAAAUAAAGUAACGUCGGAGAAAAUUAAUUUAAUUGCUAUAGGAAAAGAAAAACAAAUUUAUUUAUCUGAAUGUCUUUACCAUAAUUGGUUCAUUUGGCCAUUACUCAUGGAUGUAUUAAGAUAUCUAAGUUCGAAUACAUAUGAUUAUUAUGGAUUAAAUCGACAUAUUCAAAUUGAUAUUGAUGAUAUGUUUUUGGGAGGUAAAUCGCAUGAUCGUUUAAAAUUAGAUGACAUCCAAGAGCUGCUUCGUUCUCAAUCAUUCAUUCAAAAUUAUAUAUCAAAUUUUCGUUUUCGGCUUGGAUUUUCUGGCUAUUAUUAUAAUUCAGGUAAUGACGAUGAAAGUCAAGGUGAUCGUUUGUUGAUUAACGAAAAAGAUAAAUUUGUUUGGUUUCAUCAUACAUGGAAACAUGAAAAAUUAACAAAUGUUAACGAUAGAAUUUCAUUGAUUAGUUCAAUUGAAACAAAUUUAGCUUUCGCACAAAAAUACAAGUUACCAUUGGAUCGAAAUUAUGCUGUAGCACCUCAUCAUUCUGGUAUCUAUCCCAUUAAUCCUAUAGUUUAUGAUGUUUGGCCUCGUAUUAUGAAUUUUACUGUAACAAGUACAGAAAAUUAUCCAUACCAUUUCAUGCUUUCAUCGGAACGACGUGGAUUUAUUUAUAAAGGUCUUUCUGUUCUACCUCGACAAUCUUGUAGUCUAUAUACAACAACACGUAAUUAUACAAACUAUCCUAACGGUAGUCAUCGUUUAGAACAAUAUUUGAUGGGUGGAAAACUAUUCCGAACAAUUUUAACGAAUCCAAUUUCAAUAUUUAUGUCACAUAAUGUUAAUUAUGGUCAUGAUCGUUUGGGUAAUUAUGUUUUUUCUAAACUUAUUUAUUUAUUAUCAAAAUGGACAAGAAUUAAAUUCUCAAAUGAUUUAUCAACAUCGGAAUUAGCUCAAAAGUAUUUUUAUGAUUACUAUCCAGAUGAACAAAUGCCAAUAUUUACAAAUCCAUGUAACGAUAAAAUAUUGAUGAAUCUAUGGAAUGGAAAUCGUUCAUUGUGUCUAGUUUUUCCACAAUUUUUAAUUGUUGGUCCACAAAAAACAGGUACUACGGCGUUAUAUAGUAUGCUUUCUCAACAUCCAGAUUUACAUCCAUCGAAAAAAAAUUCCAUAACUUUUGAAGAAUUGCAAUUUUUUAGUAAUGAUACAAUCUAUUAUAAUGGUAUUAAUUGGUAUUUGAGUCAAUUUGAUUCGGAUAAUAUGGAUUUGAAUCGUUCGAUAAAUUUUGAAAAAUCAGCAACUUAUUUCGAUUCUAUAUUGGCUAUGAAACGUAUUAAAGCAUUACUACCAAAUAUUCGUUUGAUAAUUAUACUAACAGAACCUGGUACACGUGCUUAUUCACGAUAUCAACAUGAAAUUGCUCGAACUAAUCAAACAAUAAAAUUUGAUGAUUUAUUACAAUUAAAUGGUAAUCAAAGUUCAAAUGAAUUUCAUUUAAGACAGCGUUGUCUUCAACCUGGUCAUUAUGCUGAAUAUCUUCUUCAAUGGCUAAGCUAUUUUUCAUCUAAACAAAUUUAUAUUAUUGAUGGCGAUGCCUUUCGUCGUGAUCCUCGUGUAAUUCUUAAUGAUAUUCAAAUAUCAUUUAUUCAAUUAGAAAAUCCUUUGAAUUCAUCAGAACUAGUCAGAUAUAACAAGAAAAAAGGUUUCUUUUGUCCGGUGUCAAAUAAUAAACGUUUUCAAUGUCUUGGAAAAAGUAAAGGACGUUAUUAUGAAAAUAUGUCGUCCUAUGCACGUAAAUUUUUAAAUAAUUAUUAUUUACUACACAAUCGAAAAAUAUGUCUCAAUACAAUACAAUUAACAAAACGAUUUCUUUCGUUAUCAAAGAUUUCUCAUACUGCUGAAGGUCGUAUGGGUUACCCCAGUGAAAGAUAUGAACCAACAACAAUUUCAGCGUUAGAUAAAGAUGAAAAAAGUUUACCGUUAAUCACUGGUUUAUAUGAAAAUGGUUUUAUGAUUACUGGAAAAGAUAGAAUUGUUGGAGCAAUUUUUUCCUUUCCUAGACAAAUUAUUUGCUGGAAUGUUUAUUCACCAGACCAAAUAACACCUGAAUCUUUAGCUUUAUUAGAAUUAAUUCAACCUCGCCCAGAAAUCUUCAUUUUGGGUAUUGGUUCACGAACAAAUAAAAUUCCUCCAGAAACUAUUCAAUUUAUACGUAAACUAAAAAUUGGUUUUGAAAUCUUACCAACAACACAAGCAUGUGAAACAUUUAAUUUUUUACUAUCGGACAAUCGUCUUGUUUAUGCGGGACUUUUUCCUCAACAUGAUCUUGUAGAUCAAAAUUAUGGUUUAAGAAAAGCUAUUGCACAUAGUCAAUUGUAUGAAAAAGAUGAAGAAUAUAUUAAAAUGGAUAUGUUAAAAGAUACGUAUGAUGUUAUGCUAAAAGCUCAUCGAGAACGAAAAUUAUUACGACCGUAUUCACCGCUUGCUAAACAGGAGUCUCCUUUUAAACAAGAUGAUGGUACUAAUGUGCAAUCAUUAACUGGUACAAGUAAUGCGGAAAAAAGACCUUCAAUGAAAAAACCGGAUCCACAAGAAACAAAUAGUCAAAGCUAG